GGCCCACUGACCUGCCGCCGUGGUGCCCCGCAGCACGGAAGGGGAAGAGGCCUUCCUCCCCUCCAGCAGCUCUCAUCGCCUCUUUUCCUCCACCCAGCGACGGUUUUGUUUCGCAGGGUUUCCUCGUUUACAGCAGGGCCGGGCUGGGCGCUGCAGGAUGCUGUGCUGAGCUCGGUGCCGAGGGUUCACGCACGCCAGCAGCCUGCCACGGCUGAUGGAAAAAAUCAUUCCCGGCGCCUUCUCGUGUUUUAAGGCUUCUGUGGGACACUGGGCGCUGCGUGUGCCUGGCUGUUUGCACGCCUCCUUCUCUUUGCCCGCAUAAGCGCAUCCUUCGUUCCUUUAUGUUUGUCCCCUCUCUUGUCUGAAGCUGUAGGCUGUGUGUCCUAACGUGUCCCGCUUCCCCAUCCUGCUCGGGAUACGUUUCAUCCUGGAAAGGAGCGCUAUGGCCCUUCUCCACGUGCAGACUGCGAGGAGACCCCUCUGCCUGCGGCAUCAGGCAGGCUGGGAGCUGGGAUUUGCACCUGAAUCCAGCUUUUCCAGUGUCAUCGUGUGAAUCAAGAUUAGUAGGAUUGUGAACCUGGAUGCUCAGGUCGCUUGAAAUUUUGAGUUGUCGGCACAAUCGGGUGUUACUACACCAUGAAUAGAAACUCUGCCCAAGUUGUGCAUAGGCCUGAAUAUGUUUAAAAUAGGCGUAGGAGCAUAAAUGACUUCAUUAUGGCUGUGCUGAAGUUUGGGAGCUUGAAAAGACACAUCCAGCUGAAAGUCAUUGCUAUUGAUGAACAGCUGAGAGUCGUUUAUGAGGAUAAUGUUCAUUUUGAUAAAGACCUUCCGGAAUUUAAGACUCAAGGUGGAGUCUAUAUUCACAGUGACAGACUGACAGUCACUUCUCCUGUGCUAAUGUGGGUCAAGGCUCUGGAUAUGAUUUUGGAAAAGAUGAAGUCUUCGGGCUUUAACUUCUGUCAAGUCAGAGCUUUGUCUGGUGCUGGCCAGCAACAUGGGAGUGUGUACUGGAAAAAAGGAAGCAUCCAAAUUUUAAAGAAUGCAUCAUCCAAACUGCCUCUACAUCAGUCACUAAAGGCUUGUUUUUCUGUCAGUAACAGCCCCAUCUGGAUGGAUUCUAGCACAGCUUCCCAGUGCAGCGCUCUGGAGAAAGCCGUGGGGGGAGCACAGCACCUAGCGAGUGUUACUGGUUCUCGAGCCUAUGAGCGUUUUACAGGAAACCAGAUAGCAAAGAUUUACAGCCAGAAUCCUGAAGUCUACAUGCAAACUGAGAGAAUCUCUUUGGUUAGUAGUUUUGCAGCUUCCCUUUUCCUAGGAGCUUAUGCACCCAUUGAUUACAGUGAUGGUUCUGGUAUGAACUUGCUGCAGAUUUGGGAAAAGGUAUGGUCAGUGUCCUGCCUUAAUGCUUGUGCACCUGGAUUAGAGGAGAAACUAGGAUGCCCUGUACCAUCCCAUUCAGUCCUGGGGCCCAUUUCUCCAUAUUAUAGUCAGCGUUAUGGGUUUAGCCCAGACUGUAAAAUAGUAGCAUUUACAGGAGACAAUCCAGCAUCAUUGGCAGGGAUGAGACUUCAAGAAGGAGAUAUUGCAAUUAGCCUUGGCACGAGUGACACAUUGUUUCUGUGGAUCCAAGAACCAACUCCUGCCUUAGAAGGUCAUAUACUCUGCAAUCCUGUUGAUUCUCAAACAUAUAUGGCACUUCUAUGUUUUAAGAACGGCUCUCUGAUGAGAGAGAGGAUCAGAGAUGAUUGUGCUUCAGGCUCCUGGGAUGAAUUCUCUAAAGCCUUAUCAUCUACUGUUGCUGGAAACAAUGGAAACUUGGGUUUCUACUUUGAUGUGAUGGAAAUUACUCCUGAAGCAGUUGGGAUUCACAGAUUCAACAGAGACAACCAAAAGGUUUCAGACUUUCCAAAGGAGGUGGAAAUACGAGCACUGAUUGAAGGGCAGUUCAUGGCCAAGAGGAUUCAUGCUGAAAAGCUGGGAUAUAAAGUCAUGCCCAGAACAAGGAUUUUGGCUACUGGUGGCGCAUCCCACAAUAAAAAGAUCUUACAGGUCCUGUCUGAUGUGUUCAACGCACCAGUGUACACUAUCGAUACCGCCAACUCUGCUUGUUUAGGAAGUGCUUACAGAGCAAUUCAUGGGCUUGUAGCCGAGAUGAAUGUGUCCUUGGCUGAUGUUGUGAAAUUAGCACCGGAGCCUAGAUUGGCUGUUACACCAACCACUGGGGCUGAGGAGCUCUAUCGUCCACUUCUAAAAAGAUAUGCUGCACUUGAACAGAAGGUUAUCUACAACCCAACCUCUUCUUGUCUUGCGAAAUAGAAGCAAACAAAAUUUAUAAGUCGGCUGAAGAGUGGACUCCCAAGGAGAAGAUCAGAAAGAUUUGCUCAGAAUUUACUGGAGUUGUUUAAAUCAUUUUGUUCCUCUUCAUAGACAAAUAAUUUUUAAAUGUCUGCGUUUGAGCGUGUUGGUGGAAAAAAUUACACUGUGAUUUAAAACCUGAUUAGAAAAGCAUCAUAUUGC